AUGUCGAACGACAAAAGCAACGGCAGCGCGACGAGCAGCAGCAGCGAGGACUCUCUGGCCAAAGAGAUGACCGAAUCGCUCCUGGAGAGGAAGAAAGAAGGAAAAGAAGAAGAAGAAGAAGAGAGCGAGAAAAAGAAAAAGGAGGAGGAAGCGCGGACGACGGUGCAGACGACGACGGGGAAAAUUGAAACGAGCAACAUUCCGUUCGGCGCGAGACGGUUGGUGAAGCGACGAAAAGUGGUGAACGAUGGAGCGGGAACUUUUGUGCGCGGAGACGGGGAUGCGGCGAAGAACAACGAGAAAACGAACUCCGCGGAGGAGUGCGAACACCCGGCGUUUAUGUUUGGGAUUUGCGUGCACUGCGGGCAAAGAGCGACGACGGUAAAAAAUGAUGGAGGAGGAGGAGGAGGAGACGAAGAAAAAAAAGAGGAGCGCGGCGGCGCGAACGCGGAAACAGCCGUGCGAUACUUACACGAAGGGUUAACCGUUUCCGAUAAGCUCUUGAGGGAGGCGAAGAACGAGGAGAGAAUGGCGACGUUGAAUCAAGGGAAGCUUUUCUUGGUGUUGGAUUUGGACCACACGUUGUUGAACUCCUGUCGGUUCGACGAGUUGAACGACGAAGAGAGAGAGUCGUUGGAUAGGAAAGUGGAGAAGAGGGAGGAGGAGGACGAGUUGAGGAGUAAGUUGCUCGGGUUAGUUGGUGGUGGAGAUGCGGGUGGAGGAAGGCGGCCUCGGUUUCCGGAUUUGUAUUGUUUGAGUCACUUUUCGACGUAUACGAAGCUUCGACCGUACGUGUUUGAAUUUUUGGAACAAGCGUCGAAGAUAUGCAGGAUGCACGUGUACACGAUGGGGGAUAAGAAUUACGCGCACGAGAUGGCGUCGUUGAUUGAUCCGGAAGGGAAAUAUUUCCACGGAAGGAUUAUAGGUAAUAGCGAUUCUACGUGUUCAAAGACGAAGGAUUUAGAUAUAGUUUUAGGCGGGGACGAUUGUACGAUGAUCGUGGACGAUACGAGCCGGGUGUGGCCGAGACACGCGAGGAAUCUCAUACGCGUGGAUAGAUACCACUUCUUUCGGAAAUCGGCUACGAGUUUUAGGGAAAUGGAGAAGUCGAGCGUCAUGGAGAGAGGUUUGGACGAAGGCGAGGCGGAGGAGGAAGGCGCGCCGGCGAAACACAGAGAAGUUUUGAAAGACGUCUUGGCGGUGUUGACGGUUGCGCAUAGAAUGAUGGCGUUUAGCGAUGGUAGUGGUCAUCGAGAAAAGAAAGAUCAUAAAGACGUGCGACAAGUAUUUGAACGUAACGGCAUGGCGAGUGAAGGCGAAAAUGGUGGUAAUGUUGAGAGUGUUGAUCCAGCGUCCUCUUCACUCCUUCUGAAAGGGUGCGUCAUUUUACCGAGCGGCAUUACGCCGUCGAACGACGAAAGACCAGAUCGACACCCGCUUUUACUCGUAGCCGUAGGACUAGGAGCGACCAUUGCGACGGCGAUGAACGACAACGUCACGCACGUUCUAGCGAGAGCGGAUAAUACGGAGAAAGUAAAAUGGGGAAGAAAACGAGGGUUGUUCAUCGUCAACGGAAACUGGUUGAGGGAGUGCGCGAUGCAAAACGCGAAACUCGACGAGCAUAAUUUUGCGACGCUAUAG